UUCUUAGUGGACUUUGUGACAUUUUAAGUAUUUAAGGGAAAAUAUCUUGUGUUCUCUUGUAGUGAAACUGCGGGGACAAUAGUUUGGUGCAGAUAUGACGAUAUAAAUGCAUUCAUUAAGAAUAUGACGGCACCCUGUACGUGACUAUGGUCCCCUAGUCACAAUACUCCAUCGUACAGAGAUGUUAGGCAAACGAUAUCUUCUUCUCUUCGUUCAUGUUUUGUUUGUGGAAUGCUAAGUACAUCUAUCCGGCGGUAUGGUAAUGAUUAAGUAAUUUAUACAAACAGCCAAGAGGCGUUUCAGUGUAUAGCAGUAGUGCAAUGUUUCCAGUCAGCGUAAUUGCGAAAAGGUUUCUAACAGAGCUAUGGAAUGGCUUUGGGCGACAAAAAGGACGGUUUAUACAAGCAAAAUCGUUCUCUCAACACAAAACGAAGACAUAUUAUGAUAUUCUUCAGGUGACUGAGGAUGUAUCACCAAAGGAUCUUAAGGCUGCAUUUUAUAGGCUCUCAAUGAAGCUUCAUCCUGAUCGUAAUAUGAAUAAGGCCGAUGCAGCUGAAGCAUUUCGGAAGGUGUCUGAAGCUUAUCAGGUAUUAUCGAGUCCUGAGAGUCGACAAGAAUAUGACUGCAAAGUUCUUGGUAAAACCCGUGUGCAGAAGCAGGCUCCGGGUAACGUGAUUAUUAAAACAAGAAGCCCUCCUCCCACGGGUCAUUCUCACAUUUAUAACUUCGACGAAUUCUAUCAACAACAUUAUGGAGCAAAGCUACGACAAGAUAUAAUGUAUAGAAAACAAUAUGCACAGUAUGAAGCUAAGCGAGACCAGGAGCCAGAAAAUAUUCCAAUAUCGAUUUGGUUUUUGGCCAUAGGAUUCCUCCUUAUUGCCGGUUGGAUCAACUCGUUCGAAACGAAACCAGAGAGGAGGACGACCAACAAAUGAUAUUUGUUUCAGAGCGUUUAGCUUAAUAAAUCGUUAAUUGUUCUCUAGUAAAUAUUAUUUAAUGUUUAUUAACGUUUAUUAUCAUUUUAAAUUUAGUCGCCAAGGUUCCGGCACUUCCUAGUCCCGGCAAGCAAGUCUGUAAAUACCUCAGGAGGAUCACUUGUUUUCCUGGCCUCAAUUUUAGUUUUCUAAUCGGAUUCUAAUUAAUUCGGAAAGGUUCGGUUUGUUCAGGUUGAUUUUUAUUUACAUUUCCUUAUUUUAGCGAAUUGAGUAGACAACAUCGAAUUAGCCAUAAUAACAUGCAUCCAGUACUUGCCUAUGGUUAAUGAAUCAUAACUGACGUAAACAAGCGCAUUGCAGUUAACCAUGAAGUAAAAAAAAGUCUACAGAACUUAAACUACAGAACUUAAAAACGAAUGGCAACGCCUGGACGCUUUUCAAGCUAUGAGCGAAUAAAUGAAGUCUUCAAGAUAGUUUUUCCAUUCUUAGGCGUAAAAAGCUUUAUUAAUAAUUGAAAAAAUUUGAUAAAAAUUUAUGGGUCUGAGCAACGUAUCGAAGCAAAAUCGUCAUAUUUGCGGACCCGACGCUCCAUUUACCGCUGCCAGCUGUUCAGGUUAUGGUCUAUCUGCUUGUUCUCAGAAAAGAACUAUUACUCUCCUGGGUAGCAGUUAUGAUACUUUUAAUGCGAUAAAGAGUAUCCUGUAUUUUAAUCUAAUUUGAAUUACAUAAGGAAAAAUGACUCCCAUUACUUCAUACGCGGAAGAACAUUCAAAUUCGUGGAACUAAGAACUUCAAAAAAAAGCCAGCAUACAGUUUUUUAUUGUUUGUCUAUUAAACUACUUAGGCUCGAUGCACAAUAUAUCUUGUUUUGAAUUUUACGUUUGAGUAUUUCAGCUGAUAUGUGCCGUAAAGUAGAGCCAAUCCCGCAGAUUAUAUACAGUUGUGUAUUUCAGGCUUUGUGUUACUCUGAUCUAAUCUUUUGCGUUUUUAAGUAAACCGAAUUUUAAUGGGUUAGAUAAAACACGAUUCCGUGCUAUUUGCCUUAUUUUCUAGAUGUUUUCAAAGUUCGGGCAACCACAGCUAAUUUUUGAAAAUCUUUUUUUUUUUUUGAGUACUGAACUUCUUAAAAUAACGGAAUGCGAUACGAGCUUUCUGCAAGAACUCCAAAUGUCACUAAAGAAACUAGAAAGUGAGCUAGAACUCAUAGUAAUUGCAGAUCGUGUUCUUAAAUAAGCAAAGUCUGUAUGUAGAGUUAUUGGGCAACUUUAACAACGGGCUUAACGAUUCUGACCACUCUUAGAGGGUUGGCUUAGCCUAUCAAUAAACGUAUGCUGCAAAUUAUCGCAAAGGAACGUCGAGCGUAACGCCGCUAAAAUUUGUUGCCACUAUAGGUCGACUGAUGACACUUGGUAACUCUAGCGCUAACAAAAGGAGAUAUAAAAACACGUAGGUCUAUGUUCUGAUAACGGCCACUCGAGUUCGAUAUUGUUUUAUUGGUUAUGUGUUUUCCUAAACAUUGCUUAUAUUAAGAUUAUAUCAAAAUCUUUAGCUUCCUUGUAAAUGCAGCACAUUAAGCAGAUAUUAUAGCACAAUGAAGCGUUAGGGCCAGUAGGGACUAAUUUGAUUAGGUGAUGGCUAAGGGAAAGUGGUAUUAGUAGUCACGCGUUUAAACUUCCAAAAUUUGUCUUGUUUAAGAUCAAAAUCCGAGCUGUUUACUAUAAGUCCAGCGCUAUGUAAAUACGGCCGUCGCGGCAGUAUAAGCGACUUCAUUCAGACCAAAAGUCCGAAUGCCCGAUUGUAACAUAAUUUUUUUCAUCUUUUUUCAAGACUUAGUUUAUUAGGUCCGUAUUAUAUAACAUUCUUGGAAAAUAAGUCAAAUGAGAUCGAAAACGAUUUUAUUCACCUUAAGGAAAUUUAUAUAUUAGAGUAAUACAAAUCACUAAACGCACAUGUGAAAUAGUUGCCUAAAUGUAGAUUUCGGAACGGAUUUAGAACGGAGAAAUAUUUUACACAAAGUUAACUUGCUUAGAAUAAAAAUAAUAUACGUUACUUGUUUAGUAUAUGCAUAUGGCCUAUCGUAAUUUGUUCUGGAAAAUUUCAAUUCGGGGUUAAAAAAAAUGGUCAAUGUGUUUAUCCUUUUUGAUAAGAGCUUUUUCGCUGCUUCAGGAGAGCGAAAAUUUCCGCUAACGACGUAGUAACGUUAUCAAGCAGGAUCAACGUCGCAGUCAUUGUAAAAACUGCUUUUCAAUAUUUUCGAUCAAAUUUUUUAGUUUCUCUCUCCGACAGAACAGCAAUAUAGUCUUCAGAAAAACCGGUCAGAAAGUCGAUAUUCUCGUUGUAUUAAAUGAAAUGAUAAACGUUAUACAGGGAAUAGGUAUUUGAUGGAUACCUUAAUAAUUUAGACUAUUUUGUUAUUUAAAAGUAGGCGGCAUAAAAAUUCGAUGGAACUAUUUUUAAGAAUAAAGUGGAAGAUAAUUUCUUUCCCCAAUAAAGUAACGCAUGUCAAUGUAACUUUGAAACAGAUUUAUGUCUCUGAUCGGACAUUCAACAGAAAAAGAUUUUCGAUGUUUAUUCAGUGAACUCACUAUCUGAGUGUGUGUGUCAACAUGCGCAGAAGUGAUUUUAACCUUUUUCUUUUUUAUCAUGGCUCAAUAUCUUAGAUUCUGGAUACAGCGUAAUUAUUUGAAAGUGGGCCGCCAUUUCAGGCAUCCUUGGUUAGCCAAAAAGCAAUGCCCAUCACGUAAACAGUCGUUUCAUCUAUCGGCAAACCUAGAAAUAUGCAGAUUCAAAGGUAUUUGAGAUGAUAUUAAGG